AUGUUUCAAAAGUUUUUCAAUUUUUUGAAAAAUCAAGAGCUUCCGGAGGCUAAAGUUGAUGAAUUCUAUAAUGUUUAUUACGCGGAUCAUCUAGAACAUCCAGUCAAAAAAAUGGAUUUAUUGUAUAUUGUAAAGGGUAAACAUCAAACUUGUGAAGCGAUUACAAGUAUUCUGUUUUUGGAUGAAGGAGAAAAAAUGUCUGAAUUUACUUUUGGUCCGUGUUAUUAACCAGGGUGGUUGAUAAAUGUUUUCAUAUUUGUUGUUUCUAACAUCAUUUCAGCCAAUUUUUAUAACUGAAAAUGAUAAAUUUCCGAAUUUCCCCCGCCAAAAAACGAUCAUGUAUGUUAUAGUUCGUUUUCAUUCGUGUUUCUUUCAUUUUAUUAUCAAUCCUCCACAUCAUUUUUGAUAUUAUCAAAGAACAGAUUUUUGACACUAUUUCUAUCUUGUUCUUUUUCAUGAUUUUCAAAAUUCUCUAUUUGUUCUAUGCAAUCGAAAAUGUCGUGGGAAAAGGUGAUUUUAUAAAAAUAAAAACACAUUUUCACCGCCAAAAUUCAGGAUUUUUGGUGCAAUCGCAACAUGUUAUCGGACAAAAAUCCAAAAGUUCAGGUUAUCUUUAAAAGCGCAAAAAGAACUGGUUUUAGCGGGUGAUAAUCACAAAAAAGCAUACGAUUAUUGGAGGUUCUUUGAUUGGAAAAAUUUUGAAACUUACAGUAAAUCAGACUAGAGCAAAGUUUAUGUUCAAUUUUUACAAGUUUCCAGAAUGUUCUAGAUUUUCCGGAAAAAAUACGUUUCAAAAUUUUCCUAAACUUUUGACGAAAUAUUUUGAUUUUGAUAAAUUUCGAUAAUUUUUAUGAAAAAGUUUCAUAUUUGCAGUAGAUCAGAGAAGAGUUUCUGUUCAAUUUUUACAGCCUUGAAAAAUUAGUGUUUCAAAAAUCUAGUUUCCGAAAAAAAAUACGUUUCAAAAUUUUCAUAAAUUUUUAAAGAAAUAUUUUGAAUUCGAUAAAUUUUGAUAAUUUAAAAAAAAAAUUUCAAAUUUGCAGUAGAUCAGAGAAAAGUUUCUGUUCAAUUUUUACAAGUUUCCAGAAUGUUCUAGAUUUCCGGAAAAAAAUACGUUUCAAAAUUUUCAUAAAAUUUCAAAGAAAAAUUUCGAUUUUGAUAAUUUUUUGUUAAAAAGUUAUAAAUUAUCAAUAAAUCAAUCUCGCUUCCCCAAUCACAGUUCCUUUUUUCCAGCGGCCUACAUGCGUGAUCGUCCACGUGGCCUCGGCCUCCUCCAAAUCCCCACCGGAAUGACCGACGAACGUUCGGGCCCAUUUUUUCCCGGCUUGUAUAUCGCGGGCGAUAAAGUGGGACAGAAACCGCAAACGGUUCCCGAUGUUUCGCUGCCCGGACAAACUGCCAUUUUUUCGGGAAGGUACGGUGAUUUUCACCCUGUAUAUACAUAGAUUUUACCAUUUUCAGAUCCGCCUUCAACCCCUUCACCCAAAUGGUCUCCGCAGUUUUCACCGAAGAUUUGGCCGAUGGUUGGGGAGCGGGUUUUGCGGUGAAUGUAAGUAUCUGGGUCGCUUUUUUUUUCGCUCGCCCCACUUUUCAAAUCAUUCCAGGGUGUCAAUAGUCACGGGCUAAAUGUUCGUAAAAAUUUCGACGCUUUUGCCGAUGCGCCUUUAUCCAGUAAUGAUGGUUUAUAUCAACCUUUUAUAAGUGCAAGUACUGUAGGUGCAGAAUACGAUUUAUCAAAAGUUCGAGAAGUUUCGGGUAAUUUUAUGUUACCCCUGCCAGGAAUCAAUGAACUCUUUGAUCUUGACGCCAGAAUCAUGACUAGAGGUUAGCUUAGCUCUUGUUAUUUAGUGCAAAAAAUUCCCCAUGUUUUUUUAGGCCUCGGAAAUUCCGUCCUAAACAGUGUUCUGGAAUUUCCGCUAUCUCUAACCGAUCCAAAUGAGCGGGCACCGUACACUUUCAAAUAUUUGAAUUAUAUGGCAGAUAGACACAUGCAUUAUGGACAUGUUAUACCGAAUAUUAAUUUGUUUUUGGUGGGAAAGGAUAAAAUUAUGGAACGAGUUAUGCGAAAUCGAUUGAAUCCCACGAUGAUUGGGUGA